ACUGGAAGGGCACGGUCAAAGAUCCUAGAGAACCUCUAGGAUCUUUGGGCACGGUAUUUGAGAGCCCAAAAUAAAAUCAAGAAUUUGAUUGGUGACGGAGGGCAUCUUGUUUAAAAGUUAAACACUGACUGCUGCCGAAUUGCACGGACGGCAACAGGGAGGAAAACGGGUUUCUGCCCUUCUGUGUCCCCUCCACCCAUGAACACCUUCAGGCAACCUGAUCCGUUCGUUUCCUGCGAUUGUAUUUCUAGUUGCAUCGUGCAAAAUAAUUUACAGUUGAAUGAAGAGAAGUUUUGAAUGUGUGGUGGUUUUAUAUGUGCGAAUGGCUGGAAUCUGCUACUGUAAAGUAGCACACACAAAGGUAUACAGUUUACCCUGAGCUGCAACUCUCUGGUGAGAGGCCACUGACUGACUGACUGACUGAGGACUUUUAGUUUUGGUCGCUGGCUCCCCCGGUCACACGAGCAGAAGCCCCCAUGUCCGGGGCGAGCUGCCCCCCGUGGAAGUUGUCCCAUUGCCGAACAUCACCGUUAAAUAAUUUUAGUGUGAGGGGGUGGCGUUCGUGGGUGUGGCUGUUUGUGAGCGAGCGGUGCCAGAACAAAACCAGAGCUUCCACUUCCCUUGCGAACCGAGCCAGUCCUCAAGUCCGCGACAACGGCGAGGAAGUCAGCGCAAAGUGCUCCAUCAUCGCGGCCCCGGAGCACAGUUAACGGCAAGCCACGAGGGAAACGAUUAAAGGUAAAGGAUGAAAAGGUCUACACGAUUACUUGAAAAGGUUGUGCUGUGUGUCUUGAUAACUCUGGGAUUGGUCUUUGUGUUUUGGAAUGAUGGCCCAUUGCAAAAGACUGAUGACGUUGUCACAGAAGCUAUCCAUCACAAAGAUUUACCAAAGCUUGUUGUUGAAGCAAUUAAAUUGGUGGUUGAGCCCAAGUGCCGAGAAAACAAGACAUUCCUGGACCAACCCGCAUUUAACCAACAGCCCCAGCACAUGAAAAACUUCUUGCAGUAUAAACACUGUCGAGAAUUUGGUAUGAUUCAGAAUGUCCCAAACAAGUGUUGGGGUCGAGAAGGCUCUGGCAAUGUCUUCUUGCUUCUGGUGGUCAAGUCUGACCCAUUCAACCAGGACCGACGCGAUAUGGUAAGAAAGACCUGGGGGAAGGAACGUGAAUUCCAAGGGGUCCAAAUACGGAGGGUCUUUAUGUCCGGUGUCUCUCCUGACCAGAAGGAAAGGAAGAAGUUGAAUUGGCUGUUAGCAACUGAGAAUAGAGAACAUGGAGACAUCCUGCAAUGGGAUUUCCUGGAUACCUUCUUCAACCUGACACUCAAGCAGUACAAGUUGCUGCAGUGGGUCGAUGAAUUUUGCCCCAGUGCUCGGUUCAUCUUCAAUGGAGAUGAUGAUGUCUUUGUUAACACUGACAACAUGGUUCAUUACUUGCUGGGGAUGAAUUCUCACCAGCACCUGUAUGUGGGGCAUCUCAUGCUAGGGGUUGGGCCCAUCCGAGAGAAGAGGAGCAAAUAUUAUGUGCCAGAGGUGCUGACCUCCAGCAACUUGUACCCACCGUACAUUAGUGGAGGGGGCAUACUUAUGUCUGUUCACACAGCUAAUAUUAUCUAUCGUAUUGCCAAAAACCUCGAACUAUUCCCCAUUGAUGAUGUUUUCCUGGGGAUGUGCCUGGCUAAGGCUGGGCUGGCCCCAAGCUCGCACCUGGGCUUCAGAACGGCUGGAAUCGAGGUUCCAUCCAUUCAGGAUGACUCGUUCAAUCCUUGCUAUUAUCGUGAGUUGCUGCUGGUGCACCGUUUUCGGCCAUAUGAACUGCUGUUGAUGUGGGAUGCAGUGCACAAUGCUAGUCUGAGGUGUGCUUACUCUCCGCAGAGAAUUGCAUUGGAGGCAAGGAACCGCGGGAGAUGGUAACAACUGUCGGAAUGUAGUACCGUCUGUGGAUGUGCAUUUUUAUCCAAAGUUGCUCGUGUUGUUUAAGAUAUGUUGCUGAAUUGCGAAAUGACAUUGAAUCAAAUGCCUAUGUCCUGUGUCUUUUUAUAUCCUCUGUGUUUGAUAUGUUGUUAGGUUGCAAGAGGAACAUCAUCCCUCGGCCUAAUAUCUAUUGCACUCAUAGCCACAUUGAAACAGGGACACUAUAAUCUAUUGUGGCCAAGUUAAAACCACUCCAGAUGAACAGAGGUCACUUGGCACUGAGCACACCCCCGUGGCACAUUUGCACUGUACGAUGCAUUUUUAACAAAUGAUGCAUCGGAACACCAUAUUUUUGCCUUUUCUUACCUGCAGCCUACCCUGCAAAAUGAGCAGUGGAAUAAAUGUAUUUCCUGGUAGGGAACACCGAGAAUGAUGGAUAAAUGAGAAUACUUUGAAUCACUGUCUUUAGUUGUCUCAGAAUUGAAGGAUCGAAGAGGAAAUAAAUAUCAUCACUUAACUGCUAAAAGCCUAUCAUGGAUUGAACAACCCAAUGGGCUGAACCUAGUCCAGCUUCUUUGCGCCAACUUAGAUACCAAGGCCUUCUUCUAACAGACCAUCCGAGUAAUAAUAUUCCUCUUCAACUACAGUAUUUCUUGUAUUUGGCAAGUUCAAGCCCUAUGUUAUAUAUCUUUGAAUGAUGUUGUCUUUCUGGAAAGACUGAUGCUACUGGAUGUCAUGAAAUAAUUUGUUUAUAUUACUCGUGUAUUGUUGGGAUUAAAUCUUUUGUUGACCAAAGAAAGAAAAAUGGUCUUGAUUUAAUAAAAAAAUUAAUUGUCUUCCUCGGUUUUAUUUAAGAUAUUCCCUGUCAGUAGGUAAAGUAGUGAUGAACAGGCAUGUGAAAUAAUUCUUCUAUCGUCCUUCACUGGCCUUAAAGCACUUUGGCAUGUCUUGAUGUAGUAGUUGUGUCUCAGUACUCUCUGUUCUAUCCAUAUCUCAUAGAACAUAGAACAUAGCAUAACACAGGAGCAGACCUUUGGCCCACAAUGUCAGCACCAAACUUGAUGCCAAUUUAAAAUAAUUCCAUCUGCCUGCACAGGGUCUAUAUCCUUCCAUCGUCUGUACGUUCUUGUUCCUAUCCAAAAACUCUUAACUGUUGCUAAUAUACCUGAUUCCACCACAUCCACCAGGAAGCAUUCCAGGCACCUACCACUCUAUCUAUACAUUUGUAUAUCCCCUUUCACCUAAAAUCUAUCUUCUCCCCGCACCCCACCCCCUGGUUUUUUACAUAUUUUAAUAAUAUGCCGUCCUGGGAAUACGAGGACUGUCGUAUAUCUCAGUCACGUCCCUUUUUAACCACUUCUGCUAGCUUACUAAAUCUCCACUGCACCCGCCCCAUCACCAUCACAUCCUUCCUGUACUUCUGUAUUCCAGCUGAGGAUUGACCAAUGUUGCCAUUAGUUUAUGACCAAUGUUGUGUUAAACGUUUGUGUAAAUGUUCUCCGGUUUGUUUUAUGUGGGGGAGGGGGAAACUUUUUUCAGGACUUGCAGCAGAGUUGACCCUUUGCUUGGGAUCGCUCCAACUGUGGCCUUUACAUCGGGAGCUCAGCAGUCUCCGGAGAGGUCGUGGUUGUCGGGAGCUCCAAUCGACCAGGUUCGACCAGCCCCGACGCGAGGAUCGACUGUCCGGCGCGGGGGAGCUGACAUCCCCUGAUGCAGGAACAGAUCACCUCGACGUGGAGGACCCACCGCUGGCUACGGGAGUCCAGAUCAUCCCGUCAACGGAGGGCUCGAGGCCCCCGACCGCGGGAUAGCAAAGGGAAGAGUGAACUUUUUUUCACCUUCCAUCAGAGAGAGGAAUGUGGAGGAGUCUCUGUGAUGGAUGCUUAUGUUAAAAUGUGUUUUAUGUGUUCCAUUGCUUUUUAGUUGUAUGACGGACUUGGCAAAUUAAAUUCCUCGUAUGUUGCGAAACAUACUUGGCUAAUAAAGUAUCAUUUUGUGAUUGUGAUUCAUUUGGAGCACAACCUUCCUUUUCUGGUCAUGUUAUAGAAAAGAUAUGGAGGCUUUGGAGAGGUGCAUGAGGGAUAGAUAGACUUUUUCCCAGGAUGGAGUGGUCCAAUAAUAACAAGCAUAGAUUUAUGGUGUGAGAGGGAAUGUUUAACAGUGAUAUUCAAAGCAAGCUUUUUCUCGGAAAAUGGCAGGCGUCAGGAAUACACAAUGGGAGUUGGUCAAAGCAGAUGCCACAGCAAUAUUUAAAAGGCACUUAGACGGGCACAUAAACAGCAGGGGCUGGUGGAAAUAUAGACCAUGUUAGGACAUUAAUUUACAUUGGCAAUAUGGUGGCACAAUGAUUGUAGACUGCUGGCCCGGUUCCUGUGCUGUGACUUGGUAGGAUAAACCUGAGGAACAAAGGGGCUCAAAGUCAGUCUCGAGCAAGAUCGUCAGCUCCAUGAUGUUAGGCCACAGAGCGACCGGAGAUACGAUCAAGCAAAC